AAAAGUCAAACAAAGAAGAAAUUAAGUGACCAAAUGAUUGAUGCAGAUGCUAAGUGUUAAUUUUUUUUCCUAAUUCUUGACAGAGUGUCCAACAAAGAGAAUGGAAGAGGCCGGCCUACUCAAUCAAACCUCUUCCAUCACAUAUAUACGACUUAGAGGCUUAUCUGUAAAUCAGAAGGUGCAGAUGGCUGUGUUUGCCAUGUUCCUCACUUUCUAUGUCCUGACACUGAUUGGGAACAUCCUCAUUGUCAUAACUAUUACCUAUGACCGCCGGCUCCAUACCCCUAUGUAUUUCUUCCUCAGCAACCUGUCUUUUAUCGAUGUCUGCCACUCCACUGUCACAGUCCCCAAGAUGCUGAUAGAUACAUGGUCAGAAGAGAAGCUCAUCUCCUUUGAUGCCUGUGUCACUCAGAUGUUUUUCCUGCACCUCUUUGCCUGCACAGAGAUCUUUCUCCUCACCAUCAUGGCCUAUGAUCGGUAUGUGGCCAUUUGCAAACCCCUGCAGUACAUGACAGUUAUGAACUGGAAAGUAUGUGUGCUUCUUGCUGUGGCCCUCUGGACAGGAGGAACCAUCCACUCCGUCGCACUGACCUCCCUCACCAUCAAGCUGCCCUACUGUGGUCCCGAUGAGAUCGACAACUUCUUCUGCGAUGUACCUCAGGUGAUCAAAUUGGCCUGCACGGAUACCCACAUCAUUGAAAUCCUCAUCAUCUCCAACAGUGGGCUGAUCUCUGUGGUCUGUUUCGUGGUCCUUGUGGUGUCCUAUGCAGUCAUCCUGGUUAGCCUGCGGCAGCAGCUGUCCGAAGGCAGGCGGAAGGCCUUAUCCACCUGUGCAGCCCACCUCACCGUGGUCACAUUAUUCCUGGGCCACUGCAUCUUCAUCUAUUCCCGUCCAUCCACCAGCCUCCCUGAGGACAAGGUGGUGGCUGUGUUUUUCACCGCUGUCACCCCCCUGCUGAACCCCAUCAUCUAUACUCUUAGGAAUGAAGACAUGAAAAACGCCUUGAACAAGUUAAUGGGAAGGUUGGAGGGGAGAGGGAGAGAGAAAAAAUAACUAUUUUUUUAAGUUUAUUUAUUUAUUUUGAGAGAGAUC